UAUCUCUAUUCCCAGUGCUCCCAGUUGCUCCCAGUUGCUCCCAUUCCCCCAGUCUGAGGGAUGUCCCUGGCUGACGAGCUGCUGGCUGACCUGGAGGAGGCCGCGGGGGAGGAAGAUGAGGCCGAAGGCUCCGAGGGGGGGGAGGAGCCCCCGAUCGAGGACGUUCGGGAGGAGCCGGAGCCGCCCGAGGCCGCGGAGUCUGUGAGGAGCAUCGCGAAGUUAUGGGGGUCCAGAGCGUUUGCCGAGAUCAUGCAGAAAAUCGAGGAAUACAUCGGGAAACAGCCCAAGGCUGCCGAAGUUUUGGGGCCGGUGGAGGCGGCUCCCGAGUACCGGGUGAUCGUGGACGCCAACAACCUGACGGUGGAGAUCGAGAACGAGCUCAACAUCAUCCACAAGUUUAUCCGGGAUAAAUAUUCCAAGAGAUUCCCGGAGCUGGAGUCGCUGGUUCCCAACGCCCUGGAUUACAUCCGCACCGUCAAGGAAUUGGGCAAUUCCCUGGAUAAAUGCAAGAACAACGAGAACGUUCAGCAGAUCCUGACCAACGCCACCAUCAUGGUGGUCAGCGUGACGGCCUCCACCACACAGGGGCAGCAGCUGUCGGAGGAGGAGCUGGGGCGCAUCGAGGACGCGUGUGACAUGGCGCUGGCGCUGAGCGGGGCCAAGCUGAGGAUUUACGAGUACGUGGAGUCCCGAAUGUCCUUCAUCGCCCCCAACCUCUCCCUCAUCCUCGGGGCCUCCACUGCUGCCAAAAUCAUGGGCGUGGCAGGAGGCCUGACCCCACUGUCCAAGCUGCCAGCCUGUAACAUCCUCCUGCUGGGGGCCCAGCGCCGGACGCUCUCCGGCUUCUCCUCCACCUCCGUCCUGCCCCACACGGGAUUCAUCUACCACAGCGACAUCGUGCAGUCCCUGCCUCCUGAUUUGCGGAGGAAAGCCGCGCGUUUGGUGGCGGCCAAGUGCACGCUGGCGGCGCGGGUGGACAGCUUCCACGAGAGCCAGGACGGCAAGGUGGGCUACGAGCUGAAGGAGGAGAUCGAGCGCAAGUUCGACAAGUGGCAGGAGCCGCCCCCGGUCAAGCAGGUGAAGCCGCUGCCGGCGCCGCUCGACGGCCAGAGGAAGAAGAGAGGGGGGCGCAGGUACCGGAAGAUGAAGGAGCGCCUGGGGCUGACGGAGAUCCGCAAGCAGGCCAACAGGAUGAGCUUCGGGGAGAUCGAGGAGGACGCUUACCAGGAGGACCUGGGUUUCAGCCUGGGCCACCUGGGCAAGGCCGGCAGCGGCCGCGUUCGCCAGACCCAGGUGAACGAGGCCACCAAAGCCCGGAUCAGCAAAACCCUGCAGAGGACGCUGCAGAAGCAGAGCGUGGUUUAUGGGGGUAAAUCCACCAUUCGGGACCGGAGCUCGGGCACGGCCUCGAGCGUGGCCUUCACCCCCCUGCAGGGGCUGGAGAUCGUGAACCCGCAGGCGGCCGAGAAGAAAGUGGCCGAGGCCAACCAAAAAUAUUUCUCCAGCAUGGCCGAGUUCCUCAAGGUCAAGGGCGAGAAAAGCGGGGUCCCCACCCCGCCCUGAGCCCCCCAAAUUCCCACCCUCCCUUUUCCCGCCGAAUUUGUGUUCUGGGGGUGUUUUUGGGGGAGUUUUUGGGGAGUUUUGAGGGGUUUUUGGAGCUCCAGAGGGACAAAAGUGGGGUCUCGGCUCCCCCCGGGAGUCCCGAAUUCCCGGGGAUUUUCCCCCUUUUCCCAAUCCCCAUUUUUAUGUUUCUUUCCCGAAGUUUCUAUAAAUAUUGGAAUUUUU